AUGUCCCCCAAUACAAACGCAGUGCCGGAUAAGACUAGCAUUGUAAAGGACGUCUCUGGUUUCAAUGCUGACAAUGCGAUCGAUGCUGGAACCAUGUACAAACCUGGAAACACGAAGACAGGUGUAGAAUCUGUUGUGACUGAUCUAUCCGGCCAGAACCAUGUUGUCUGGAGUCCAAAUGACUGGCACGCAUCCACCACCGGUGCCAUUAGAGAUUCACAUGUCCACACCCUCACCCACUCUCACACACAGACCAAUUCUGUGGAAACGGCACACAAUACUGGCAAUAUAUUUUCAACAUCUGCAAGUAUCCCUGUCCAGGUAGCACAGGCCCCCUUGCCAUCACAUUUAACCCACAAUGAAGUCUCUUCAGACAAGUAUGUUGUUGGUGGACAAGCAUCCGCACCAAGUUCCACAGGCGGUUCGGUCACUGUUGUCGGUUCAGGCUCAACAACUGGGUCAAAAUCUGCCUCAGCAUCAACCUCUAUCGGUGGUUCAAGCACAACACUCGCAUCAAGCCUCACCACAGGUUCCGGCAUAACAGCUGCGUCAGGCUCAACCGUCGGUUCUGUUACAACUGGGUCAAGUUCAACCACUUCCAAUACUUCAAGCACCAGCAGCGGUUCAGGCUCUGCCAGCGGAUCAAGUUCCACAACCGGUUCAAGCACGACCAUAGGAACAGGUUCCACUAGCGGAACAGACUCUGCUAGCGGAACAAGCACGACCAUCGGAACAAGCGCUACGAGCGGAACAGGCUCUACCAGCGGAACAAGCGCUACGAGCGGAACAGGCUCUACCAGCGGAACAAGCGCUACCAGCGGAACAGGCUCUACCAGCGGAACAGGCUCUACCAGCAGAACAGGCUCUACCAGCGGAACAAGCACGACCAGCGGAACAAGCACGACCAUCGGAACAGGCUCUACUAGCGCAUCAGGCUCUGUCAGUGGAUCAAGUUCCACAACUGGAUCAAGCUCUACUAACGGUUCAGGCACAACAAUCGCAACCGGAUCUAGUUCUACCAUCGGAACAAGCGCUACCAGCGGCUCAGGCUCUACGAUUGCAUCAGGCUCUGUCAGUGGAUCAAGCAAUACGAGCGGUUCAGGCACAACAAUCGCAACCGGAUCUCAUUCUACCAUCGGAACAAGUUCGGCCAGCGGUUCAGGCUCUACGAUCACAUCAGGCUCUGUCAGUGGACCAAGUUCCACAACCGGAUCCAGCUCUACCACCGGAACAGGCUCUGCUAGCGGAUCAGGCUCUGUCAGUGGCUCAAGCAAUACGAGCGGUUCAAGGUCAACUAGCGUAACAAGCACUACCAGCGGUUCAGCCUCGACAACCGGAACAGGCUCCACAAUCGGCUCAAGCUCUACCAUCGGAACUGGCUCUACCAUCGGAACAGGCUCUACCAGCGGAACAAGCGCAACCAGCGGAACAAGCUCUACUAACGCGUCAGGCUCUGUCAGUGGUUCAAGCUCUACUAGCCGAACAAGCACCACCAGCGGUUCAGCCUCGACAACCGGAUCAGGCUCCACAAUCGGCUCAAGCUCUACCAUCGGAACUGGCUCUACCAUCGGAACAGGCUCUACCAGUGGAACAAGCGCAACCAGCGGAACAAGCUCUACUAACGCGUCAGGCUCUGUCAGUGGUUCAAGCUCUACUAGCGGAACAAGCACCACCAGCGGUUCAGCCUCGACAACCGGAUCAGGCUCCACAAUCGGCUCAAGCUCUACCAUCGGAACUGGCUCUACCAUCGGAACAGGCUCUACCAGCGGAACAGGCGCUACCAGCGGAACAAGCUCUACUAACGCAUCAGGCUCUGUCAGUGGAUCAAGCUCUACAAGCGGUUCAAGCACUACCAGCGGUUCAGCCUCGACAACCGGAUCAGGCUCCACAACCGGAUCAAGCUCCACCAUAGGUUCAGGCUCCAUCGCAGGUUCAGGCUUUACCAGCAAUUCAGGCUCUGUCAGUGGAUCAAGUUCCACAACUGGAUCAAGCUCUACCAGCGGAUUAGGGUCUUCCAGUCUUUCAGGCUCCACUAGCGGAUCAAGCUCCACAACCGGGUCAGGCUCCACCACCGGUUUAGGUUCAAUAAGCAGUUCAGGCAGUACAACCGGUUCAGGUUCUUUGAGCGGGACAAGCUCUACUGGUGGUUCAGGCACCAUUAGCGGUUCAGGGUCCACAACUACUGGAUCCAGUGCAAGCAACGUUCCACUAAACUCACCUUGGAGUAACCAAAACUCCGUUUUCGGGUUCAUGCCUAUUAUCGCAGGACGUCACGACAACUCUGUUGCCUUAGCCUUAUCCAACGAAAUAAGCAACGCCCCCGUUCCAGACACACAGAGUGCUGCCAACACAAGAGUGGCCAAUACAGUAUCAGAACAAGGUUUUGCCCAACUGAAUAGUAUGACAAACCCAACACACUUUACAGUGUCAGGAUCCGGAAUGCCUUAUGUACCCGUUGUCCCAACAGCAGACAGGUUAUCCAUGAUGCCAAACGUCAAUAAAGACCCUGCUUAUAACCAGCAAUCAUUGCCUCCAGCAACAUCUGCAUCAAAUCAGCGGACAUCAAUCCAUUCAACUGCAAGUCAGAUGACUUCCUCUUUCCAAACGGCACAUGUGGGUGAUUCUACAAAUACAAACUCUGGGUCAUCAACACAUCUGGCUGAAUCUGUACCAGCAAGUGCAUCUACAUCGCAGAGCGGUUCAGCGUCAUCACAGAGUGGUUCAACGUCAUCACAGAGUGGUUCAACGUCAUCACAGAGUGGUAUGACAUCAUCACAGAGUGGAACAGCGUUACCACAGAGUGGUAUGACAUCAUCACAAAGUGGAACAGCGUCAUCACAGAGUGGUAUGACAUCAUCACAAAGUGGAACAGCGUCGUCACAGAGUGGUAUGACAUCAUCACAAAGUGAUGCAUCAUCACAGAAUGGUAUGACAUCAUCAGAAAGUGGAACAGCGUCAUCACAGAGUGGUAUGACAUCAUCACAAAGUGGAACAAUGUCAUCACAGAGUGGUAUGACAUCAUCACAAAGUGGAACAGCGUCAUCACAGAUUGGUAUGACAUCAUCACAAAGUGAUGCAUCAUCACAGAAUGGUAUCACAUCAUCAGAAAGUGGAACAGCGUCAUCACAGAGUGGUAUGACAUCAUCACAAAGUGGAACAAUGUCAUCACAGAGUGGUAUGACAUCAUCACAAAGUGGAACAGCGUCAUCACAGAGUGGUAUGACAUCAUCACAAAGUGGAACAAUGUCAUCACAGAGUGGUAUGACAUCAUCACAAAGUGGAACAGCGUCAUCACAGAGUGGAAUGACAUCAUCACAGAGUGGAACAGCGUCAUCACAGAGUGGUAUGACAUCAUCACAAAGUGAAACAGCGUCAUCACAGAGUGGUUCAACGUCAUCACAGAAUGGUUUAACGUCAUCACAAAGUGGAGCAGCGUCAUCACAGAGUGGUUCAACACCUUCAUCUUCAUCCUCAGUUGGAAGUAGCUUGAAGGAAACAUCACAGAAGUUAUCCCUGUCCAACACUGAACAAUUUGUUUACGUGCAGCCAUCAAAACCAGACAAAAACACCUAUCUCAAAGACGUCUCCGGCGCCAAUGCCGAUAAUGUAAUCUUCCCAGGAAUCGUCUCCAAGGACGUUAAGCCAGGACUGUAUGACAAAACAUCAAUGGGGACAUCCGCAGGUGUGGAUACGUCAAGUUCAAAUUCCCAAACAAUAGCAUCGCGUACCGACUUAAGCAAGUCAGGAUCCAGUAGUUUCUUCACAGCAAACCAACCAUCAACAGCUGCUGCUGCUUCCGAUGCAUCUAAGAUCACCCAGACACCCACCUUUGAAUCGGGCUCAGGACCUGUAACAGUAACACAUAGAGCGAUGGCAGGAAGCACUGCCAAUGCUCCUCUACCUUCCGGCGAAAUAUCAGUAACAACGCAUGCCACGGAAGGGACACCUGCCUUCACUUCACAAUCUCAAGGUAGUCCAGAGGUAGUUUAUGCAUCCCCAAGUCAUAUUUCGAGUUUACUUCAUUCAAGUGCAGCUUCUCUGCCACUGACUGAUUCAACUGUUCAUCCUUCUUUAUCUACCGUGGCGCCAGGGCAAACAAUAAACACUGCCACACAACCGGUUGUCACUGUCAGUGACGUCGCCGGAUCGGCUGUCACUAGCAGUUAUGACACAACCCAGUCAGCUGCAACAACCAACUAUGCUGCCACACAGCCAGCUGCCACAGGCAGUUAUGACGCCACGAAACAAGCUGCAACAGCCAACUAUGCUGCCACACAACCAGGUGCCACAGGCAGUUAUGACGCCACACAACAAGCUGCAACAGCCAACUAUGCUGCCACACAACCAGCUGCCACAGGCAGUUAUGACGCCACGCAACAAGCUGCAACAACCAACUAUGUUGCCACGCAACAAGCUGCCACACACCCAGGUGCCACAGGCAGUUAUGACGCCACGCAACAAGCUGCAACAACCAACUAUGUUGCCACGCAACAAGCUGCCACACACCCAGGUGCCACAGGCAGUUAUGACGCCACGAAACAAGCUGCAACAGCCAACUAUGUUGCCACGCAACAAGCUGCCACACAACCAGCUGCCACAGGCAGUUAUGACGCCACGCAACAAGCUGCCACACAACCAGCUGCCACAGGCAGUUAUGACGCCACGCAACAAGCUGCAACAACCAACUAUGUUGCCACGCAACAUGCUGCCACACACCCAGGUGCCACAGGCAGUUAUGACGCCACGAAACAAGCUGCAACAGCCAACUAUGUUGCCACGCAACAAGCUGCCACACAACCAGCUGCCACAGGCAGUUAUGACGCCACGCAACAAGCUGCAACAACCAACUAUGUUGCCACGCAACAAGCUGCCACACAACCAGCUGCCACAGGCAGUUAUGACGCCACGCAACAAGCUGCAACAACCAACUAUGUUGCCACGCAACAAGCUGCCACACACCCAGGUGCCACAGGCAGUUAUGACGCCACGAAACAAGCUGCAACAGCCAACUAUGUUGCCACGCAACAAGCUGCCACACAACCAGCUGCCACAGGCAGUUAUGACGCCACGCAACAAGCUGCAACAACCAACUAUGUUGCCACGCAACAAGCUGCCACACAACCAACUGCCACACAACCAGCUGCCACAGGCAGUUAUGACGCCACGAAACAAGCUGCAACAGCCAACUAUGUUGCCACGCAACAAGCUGCCACACACCCAGGUGCCACAGGCAGUUAUGACGCCACACAACAAGCUGCAACAACCAACUAUGCUACCACGCAACAAGCUGCCACAGGCAGUUAUGACGCCACACAACAAGCUGCAACAACCAACUAUGUUGCCCCGCAACAAGCUGCCACAGGUAGUAAUGACGCCACACAACAAGUUGCAACAACGAACUAUGCUGCCACACAACCAGGUGCCACAGGCAGUUAUGACGCCACACAACAAGCUGCAACAACCAACUAUGUUGCCACACAACCAGGUGCCACAGGCAGUUAUGACGCCACACAACAAGCUGCAACAACCAACUAUGUUGCCACGCAACAAGCUGCCACACAACCAGGUGCCACAGGCAGUUAUGACGCCACACAACAAGCUGCAACAACCACCUAUGCUGCCACACAACCAGGUGCCACAGGCAGUUAUGACGCCACGAAACAAUCUUCAACAACGAACUAUGCUGCCACACAACGAGGUGCCACAGGCAGUUAUGACGCCCCACAACAAGCUGCAACAACCAACUAUGUUGCCACGCAACAAGCUGCCACACAACCAGGUGCCACAGGCAGUUAUGACGCCACACAACAAGCUGCAACAACGAACUAUGCUGCCACACAACCAGGUGCCACCGGCAGUUAUGACGCCACACAACAAGCUGCAACAACCAACUAUGCUGCCACGCAACAUGCUGCCACAGGCAGUUAUGACGUCACACAACAAGCUGCAACAACCAACUAUGUUGCCACAAAACCAGGUGCCACAGGCAGUAAUGACGCCACACAACAAGCUGCAACAACCAAUUAUGUUGCCACGCAACAAGCUGCCACAGGUAGUAAGGACGCCACACAACAAGCUGCAACAGCCAACUAUGUUGCCACGCAACAAGCUGCCACACAACCAGCUGCCACAGGCAGUUAUGACGCCACGCAACAAGCUGCAACAACCAACUAUGCUGCCACGCAACAAGCUGCCACACAACCAGCUGCCACAGGCAGUUAUGACGCCACGCAACAAGCUGCAACAACCAACUAUGUUGCCACGCAACAAGCUGCCACACAACCAGGUGCCACAGGCAGUUAUGACGCCACACAACAAGCUGCAACAACCAACUAUGUUGCCACGCAACAAGCUGCCACACAACCAGGUGCCACAGGCAGUUAUGACGCCACACAACAAGCUGCAACAACUAACUAUGCUGCCACGCAACAAGCUGCCACAGGUAGUAAUGACGUCACACAACAAGCUGCAACAACCAACUAUGCUGCCACGCAACCAGGUGCCAAAGGCAGUUAUGACGCCACGCAACAAGCUGCAACAACCAACUAUGCUGCCACACAACCAGGUGUCACAGGCAGUUAUGACGCCACACAACAAGCUGCAACAACCAACUAUGUUGCCACACAACCAGGUGCCACAGGCAGUUAUGACGCCACACAACAAGCUGCAACAACGAACUAUGCUGCCAUACAACCAGGUGUCACAGGCAGUUAUGACGCCGUACAAAAAGCUGCAAGAACCAACUAUGUUGCCACGCAACAAGCUGCCACACAACCAGGUGCCACAGGCAGUUAUGACGCCACACAACAAGUUGCAACAACCAACUAUGCUGCUACGCAACAAGCUGCCACAGGUAGUAAGGACGCCACACAACAAGCUGCAACAACGAACUAUGCUGCCACAGAACCAGGUGCAACAGGCAGUUAUGACGCCACACAACAAGCUGCAACAACCAACUAUGUUGCCACGCAACAAGCUGCCACACAACAAGCUGCCACGCAACAAGCUGCGACAACGAUCAAUGCUGCCACACAACCAGCAGCUACAAACAGUAAUGACGCCACAGGCCCCACCAGUUCUGUCUUGUCCGGGAAUACCAUUACGGGUGCAGCAUCUCCAACUGGCUCCACCGCUUACUCUCUCUACAUUCAGUCAACACGAGAGGGGACAGCCCACAGUGGGUCAAACACGCCAACAACUUUCGAUGGAGUAAAUAAUGUUAAUGCUGACACCAUUAAUAUUGCUGCAAUUAGUGGAGGCACGGUCUCAAACACACAAACAGCAAACGAUUUUACUACAACAAAUGGGGCCAGCUCAACUUCCACAGGCACUAACACACAGUCUGGUAAUAUAGAGUCCGCUUCGAAAGUUUCUGGAAAAGUCCCUAUUGCUAGUUCGGCAGCUGUUCCCAACAACGUUGAAUCUGUAAACUACCCAGGGGCUCCUGGUUCUAACGUGGAGUUUCCAGUUUCGAACACAAUGAAGAUUGUUCUUGAUGCUAAUGCUAUUCCCUUCACUGGCCAGCAAGCAACACCAGGUUCAAACUCAGUCUUUAAUAUUGGCGUGACGGCUACCAGGGACACUACCUCUCCACCCGAAGCAGGUGCUUCAGCUAAUAGUAUGGAUAAUUCAGUCUCAGGAGUCAAUUCUAACACACUGAUAGGCUAUGCUGGGCAUGAGGGUUCUCUAACAAAUACUAUUGGAACAUCAUCUUCGGGAACCGCAAAUAACAAUUCUAGUUACACUGCGUCUGAUGCUGUAGUCCUCGCAACCAAUGUUGGUGCCACUGGAAGCUUAGCUCCAACGUCCGCACCUGGAACAGCUUCUACAUCUGCAUUGGCGGGUACUGCAGCUGCCGAACCUGAAACCACCCCUACUGCUGAGACUACACCUACUGUAGUAGUUACGGCAACCAAUGUUGGCGGAUCUGGAAGUGCAGGGCCAACUGCCGAACCUGAAACUGUUUCUACUGCAAGUGCCAAGACUACAGCUUCUGUGGCUGGUACGGCAACCCAUGUUGGCGGAUCUGGAAGUACAGGAACUGCCGAACCUGAAACCAUUCCUACUGCUGAGUCUACACCUUCUGUAACAGUUACGGCAACCAAUGUUGGCGGAUCUGGAAGUGCAGGGCCAACUGCCGAACCUGAAACUGCUUCUACUGCUGAGACUACACCUUCUCUAGCAGCUACGGCAACCAAUGUUGGCGGAUCUGGAAGUACAGGACCAACUGCCGAACCUGAAACCACUCCUACUGCUGAGAUAACACCUGCUGUAGCAGCUACGGCAACCAAUGUUGGCGGAUCUGGAAGUACAGGACCAACUGCCGAACCUGAAAUUGCUUCUACUGCAAGUGUAAAUAUUACACCUUCUGUGGCAGCCACUGUAACUGCUCCUGGAAAUACUGGUCCAACCUCCGCACCUGAAACUGCUGCAUCCAACACGGGUAGCUACACCAACAUUGUCCAGCGGACAGGAGCAACUGCGUCUAUCCCGUCCAACACGGGAAGCUACAUCAACACUGCCCAACAGACUGGAGCAACUGCGUCUAUCCCGUCCAACACGGGAAGCUACAUCAACACUGCCCAACAGACUGGAGCAACUGCGUCUAUCCCGUCCAACACGGGAAGCUACGCCAACACUGCCCAACAGACCGGAGCAACUGCGUCUGUGCCGUCCAACACGGGAAGCUACGCCAACACUGCCCAACAGACUGGAGCAACUGCGUCUGUCCCGUCAAACACGGGAAGCUACACCAACACUGUCCAACAGACCGGGGCAACUGCGUCUGUGCCGUCAAACACGGGAAGCUACAUCAACACUGCCAAACAAACUGGAGCAACUGUGUCUGUGCCGUCCAAUACGGGAAGCUACGCCAACACUGCCCAACAGACUGGAGCAACUGCGUCCGUCCCGUCUAACACGGGAAGCUACAUCAACACUGCCCAACAGACCGGGGCAACUGCGUCUAUGCCGUCAAACACGGGAAGCUACAUCAAUACUGCCCAACAGACUGGAGCAACUGUGUCUGUCCCGUCCAACACGGGAAGCUACGCCAACACUGCCCAACAGACCAGGGCAACUGCGUCUGUCCCGUCCAACACGGGAAGCUACAUCAACACUGCCCAACAGACCGGGGCAACUGCGUCUAUGCCGUCAAACACGGGAAGGUACAUCAAUACUGCCCAACAGACUGGAGCAACUGUGUCUGUCCCGUCCAACACGGGAAGCUACGCCAACACUGCCCAACAGACCGGGGCAACUGCGUCUGUCCCGUCCAACACGGGAAGCUACAUCAACACUGCCCAACAGACCAGGGCAACUGCGUCUAUGCCGUCAAACACGGGAAGCUACACCAAAACUGUCCAACAGACCGGGGCAACUGCGUCUGUCCCGUCCAACUCGGGAAGCUACAUCAACACUGCCCAACAGACCGGGGCAACUGCGUCUAUGCCGUCAAACACGGGAAGCUACACCAACACUGUCAAACAGACCGGGGCAACUGCGUCUGUGCCGUCAAACACGGGAAGCUACAUAAACACUGCCAAACAAACUGGAGCAACUGUGCCUUUGCCGUUCAACACGGGAAGCUACGCCAACAUUGUCCAACAAACUGGAGCAACUGCGUCUGUGCCGUCCAACACGGGAAGCUACGCCAACACUGCCCAACAGAAUGGAGCAACUGCGUCUGUCCCGUCAAACACGGGAAGCUACAUCAACACUGUCCAACAAACUGGAGCAACUGUGUCUGUGCCGUCAAACACGGGAAGCUACUUCAACACUGCCCAACAGACCGGGGCAACUGCGUCUGUGCCGUCAAACACGGGAAGCUACAUAAACACUGCCAAACAAACUGGAGCAACUGUGCCUUUGCCGUUCAACACGGGAAGCUACGCCAACAUUGUCCAACAAACUGGAGCAACUGCGUCUGUGCCGUCCAACACGGGAAGCUACAUCAACACUGCCCAACAGACUGGAGCAUCUACCCAACAGUUUACAGCAAGCUAUCCUAAUCCUACCCAACGUGUCUCUCAGUCUGGAGUGACCGGUACACGUUAUACCCAGUUCAACCACCAGUAUGCAGGAAGUCAGUACCCAUCCAGUCUUUCUCCAAGUGUCGGCCAGUACAUGGCCCCCAUUCGGCAGGACAGCCCUUCAGUGAGCCAACAGGGUGGUUCAGCGCCGUAUCCAGCAGUCCAGCCGCUUCCUGUGUACAACGUCCAUGCCCACCAGCCACAGCAGCUUCACCAGACCCAUGACAGCCUUCUGGCGGCCACCAUCAACAAGCUGAUCAGUCUGUAUCAUCAGGUGAUCUCCCUUGGGGGGUCGCGGGCUCAGCAGCUGCUCCAGUCACCUCUGGCUGACGUCAUCAGCAGGAACAUUCCGGUGCCUUUCACGACUACCCAAGCACCGACCACGACUACAGUCAAUCCUUUAAUCCCCAACUGUCCUCCCACAAGGAGGAACACAUGGUGCCAGUCAUCUUCUGGAGACCCUAGCCCGCCGGCAAUUUACCCAGGGGAGAAAUGGGAAUUCCAAAAUGCCACGGAGCUAAAGCAAUACUGCGGUCAUUCCUGUACAGGCAACAGGUGCGAGUUCACUAUGUGCACUUGCUACUGUAUAGAUGACGCUACAAAGAAUGUGCUGGAACCUGGAGAGAUUUUGGACACGACUGAGAUCCUUGAACAUAUCAACGCUGCCCAGCCCACCACAAAAGCUGCAACUGCAGCAGCUUGAGGGCAUCGAGGGUAACCAUUUCACUCAGACACGAAUCACCAUAUGAUUCAGACAUGAAUCAUAUACACAACAUGAACAUUAGUGUGCGGUUAAUGCGCUAGCCUGGAGGAUAUUACAUUGGCGUAAAUUGUGUCUGGUAGAUCGUUACACUGUAGGCGUUUGUUCGUAAUGACACGAAUGUCAUACGCUUAUGAACUUUGGAACACCUGUCAUUAAUGACAUCAACGAUGGAACUGAUUGAAUAUGUGCUCUGUUGAAUCAAAGUAGAUAUGAAUCGUAGUGCCCAUGAAUCGAUUAUGUGUAGACAGUACUAAUGUAUGCAAAACCACUUAUGUAUGCAAAACAAAGCUACGGUACCUCCCUGCAAAAUACAUACAAAUGCUAUGUCCAAUAUUUUGGGGCUGAAAUAUGUGAUGUUAAGAGUCCAAAUAUAUACGAUAGGAACAGGAUUCAACAGAAGCAUAGUCAUCUCUAUGACAUAAAACAUGUAAGGUGUGCCAUAACAAAUCAUCGAUAUUUAUGAAUUGCAAAGGGAAUAUUUUACAAUAUACGUUGAGACUAUGUACAUUGUGUAUUGUAUACUUUAAAAUCAACCUUACUUUGAAAUAUGUACAAUAAAUAUACAUAACAACGUGUGUGUAAAACUUAUUUCUUUAUGACAAAGAUAUUUGGAGGUAGUGGACAUGUUAUCAAUUCGAUUUUACUUUAAUGUAAUUUAUUGCCAUAAUUAGAUCGACGCGAGCAAUAAAAUUCUUUUUCUUAAAGUCAACUGCAGCGCCAACCCUACAUUAUAAAGUACGCAUGGGUCUUCUUCACACGAGGCCAAGAUUAACACAUGUGGGCAUCAUCCAUUUUAAACUACAACCUCUCACUACGUUUCCAAUUCUGUUUCGAUAAUGGCAAACAUACCUUUUCGUUCAGUGUAUAUACCAGCAAGGUAGUGUGUAAGUGAGAGUACAAAAGUUGGAUACGAAACCAGAAGAGUGCUGUGGCAUUCUGAACCAUGUUGAGUAACAUUGUCUUGCCAAUCUCAAUCUUACAACAAAUAAUAAAUUUAAAUAUAAUAAUGAUAUUAUUUUUAAUAAUGAGGAGUCUCAAAAAGCCCUUUACACCAUUCCCGUGUUUCCUCUAAGCGUGCACUAUUAUUACCCCGGUUAAUGGCUCAGUGUGCGCUCAAUUUUCAAUCUCAGCUCCCUUGGGAGUAUACAACUGUCAACAAGGUCUCUGUGAUUCAUAUAUUCUCCUUAAUAACUCACAGAACAUAACGGUUCUAACAUUGUUUGGAUGCCGAAGCAAGGUUAUAAUUGUAUAUUUAUGGCAUAAGAGUGCUCAGGGCGCUAAUAAGUAACUUAACACUAAAUUGUUACAAGAUUAUUAGGAGGUGGCUGUCCUCCCUUGUGUAUCGCAUACAUACAUAAAUGCCUUCUGAUAGUUACGUCAGUCUUGUUUGUUUGUGGUUAAAGGUUGAAAGGGAAUGAACUAUGUGGCAUGCGGACAGAAUCCGGAGG